UUAGCUUUGAUGCUACCUUGAUAGCAGCGUUGCUUCCCUUUGUCAGAGGACUGACUUCCGUUUUUGUGUUUUCUCCAGGUUUCUGGAAAUCGCUGCUUAUUGAGACGCUACGAUUUCUGCCUCCUUGUUAAGCAGUAGUAAUUGUGCGUGGUUUUCGAGAGGUAGCUGGUAAAAGAUCCCCCACUUCAGCUUAAAUCGAGUUUGAGUUCAUUUUCUAUCAGCCUUUAAAAACUGUUUACCUUGCUAGCUGGCUCGAAUCAGCCAGCUGAGAAAUCACCUAGCAUGUUUCGGUUCUUGAGUGACGUUGAUGAAGAUCCCUAUAUGAUUUUACCUUCACCUAUGGAUCCGUUUGCAGCUCACAGGCAGCAGAUGAGGAGUCUGUUUGGACCAUUUGGGAUGGAGCCUUUCCCUCUUGCUCCUCAGAUGCAGCCACAUCGUGCAUCACGCAGACAGGCUGGCCCUCUGGCUCCUUUUGGCAUGAUGGGAAUGGGUGGAGGGUUCAUGGAUAUGUUUGGCAUGAUGGGAGAAAUGAUGGGAAACGUGGACAGAAUGUCUGGUUCACCAAACUGUCAGACGUUUUCCUCCUCAACAGUGAUCUCAUAUUCGUCAACAGACCCAGGGGCUCCUAAAGUUUAUCAGCAGACCAGUGAAACAAGGACAGGCCCAGGGGGGAUCCGUGAGACGCGGCAGUCGGUGAGGGACAGCGAGAGCGGCCUGGAGGGUCUUUCCAUUGGCCACCACAUUGGAGACCGUGCACACAUAAUGGCGCGUUCACGAAAUCGCCGCACUGGAGACUGUGAAGAACGGCAAGACUACAUUAACCUGGAUGAGAGUGAGGCUCCAGCAUUUGACGAGGAGUGGAGAAGAGAAGCAGGAAGAUACGCUCCCCCGAAUGCUCGUGGGUUGGACUACGGCCGCGAUCGGCGAGGAGGCGGCCAGCAGCUCGCUCUUACUGCUCCUCCCAGUUCAACGUCCCCACCAGGUCAUCGGCAUGAGUCCCCCAGACACCGUCAGCCCCACACCCGCCCACGUUACGACUGGUGAGAAGGUGUUCCGUAUAACAAUGCGACCAGAUUGAAGGAGUUGAGGAUUUCCCCGAUGCUGUGAACCACGAUGAGGACGGGAAGUUGAUGCCCGCCAUAAAUGUUUGAUAUGACUGGACUGUCUUUACAUGAACAACAUAUUAUACACACACACACACACACACACAAUGGUUAGAGUUUAAAUUCUUUACUCUUACACACACAGACACACUUACAAACGCCCCUGUGUAAACAUGGGUAUAACUACACUCACUUAAUGUAUAAAUAUAUAUAAACACUCAUUCUCUAAACUUGACAUGUGUCUUUGCCCACUGCACUAAAGUGCUACAGUAUACAGUACAUCUGCUGUACAAUCCAUUUUAUGUUUGUGAAGACACUCGUGUGUCGGUGAAUUGAAUUGUAUACUGAUAACUAAUUAAUGUAAUAAAUAAAAAGUUCAUUAAACAUUGUUAGAUAAUUGCAAAGUGUGCCUCUGUUUUGAUGUUUUGGGGUUGCAUGUCUUAAAUUAUGGAGUGUUGUUUAAAGAGUUUUCCGAUUCUGUAUUUUUCCUUUUGUUUUUUAAACCCUUGCUUAUUCAUAAAAUGUAUUGACAGCUAAA